ACCUGCCGCCUCUACUUAACAUAUAUAAUUUGGGAAAGACCCAGAAAGGGGUAAUACUCAGCUAUGGAACCCAUUUCCUUCUCUGAUUCUCCUGCAAUUACCCACAUAGCUGAAGAUGGGUCUACAGAUCUUAGGGGAAGGCCUGUAAGCAGACUUCUUACAGGAGGAUGGUCAGCUUCUCUUCUCAUAAUUGGUGUUGAAAUGACAGAGAGAUUAGCCUACUUUGGUGUUUCUGGCAACUUGGUUAUAUAUCUCACCAAUGUCAUGCAACAGAACACUGCUACAGCUGCAAAGAAUGUCAAUGUCUGGUAUGGUGUUGCAUCUAUGCUUCCCCUUCUUGGAGCUUUUCUUGCAGAUUCCUAUUUUGGGCGGUAUUGGACCAUUCUGUUCUCAUCUCUCAUCUAUCUGCUGGGGUUGAUCUGUUUGACUCUUUCAGCUUCUCUGCCGUUGCUUAGGCCACCACCAUGUGACUACACAUCAUAUUCCUGCCCCAGACCUGCAGCUUUCCAGGUGGUUUUUUUUUUCAUUUCACUGUACUUGGUUGCUUUGGGUCAAGGAGGCCACAGACCCUGUUUACAAGCAUUUGGGGCAGACCAAUUUGAUGAGAGAGACCCAGCAGAGAGGAAGAAUAAGAGCUCCUUCUUCAAUUGGUGGUAUUUUGGCUUAUGCAGUGGUUUAUUUGUAUUGGUUCCUGUGGUCGUGUACAUUCAAGAAAACGUUGGGUGGAGUUUGGGUUUUGCUCUCCCAGCUGCAGCCAUGGCUAUAGCUCUUUCUCUCUUCCUCGGUGGAACAAAAAUGUACCGACAUAAAAUACCUUCUACCAGUCCAGUAACUCAAAUUGUCCAGGUUUUUGUUGCAGCAAUUUGCAAGUGGAAUGUCUCUGUUCAUUCUCAAGGAGAAGGGAAGUUAUAUGGUAUUCAAGGAUUAAAGGAUGAAAAGAGAACACUUUUGCCCUCCAAUCAAUUCAGGUUUCUUGAUAAAGCUACAAUUGCAACUGAUUUGGACCAUGAGAACAAAACAAAUAUUGAUUGGAGGCUAUGCACAGCCACACAGGUUGAACAGGUCAAGCUUGUUCUAAGAUUGAUUCCAAUUUGGGUGACUUGUUUGGUUUAUGGUGUUAUUUGUGCACAAACACCAACAUUCUUUACAAAACAGGGGAGCACAAUGGAUAGAAGGAUCAUUGGAGACUUCAAAAUCCCAUCAGCAAACAUGCAAAGCUUUAUCAGUUUGACUGUUCUAGUGCUAGUGCCUGUGUAUGAUCGAAUCUUUGUCCCACUGGCCAGAAGCAUAACUGGAAAUGAACGUGGUAUAACACUGCUACAGAGGAUAGGUGUUGGUAUGUUUAUUUCUGUCAUUUCCAUGAUUGUUGCAGCAAUGACAGAAAUGAAAAGGCUUCAAGCAGCAAGAGAAUAUGGAUUGAUAGACAUGCCCCAAGUGACAAUUCCACUAAGCGUUUGGUGGCUGCUUCCUCAAUACAUCCUAUUUGGUAUUUCAGAUGUUUUCACAUAUUUAGGCUUGCAAGAGUACUUCUAUGAUCAGAUGCCUGACUCAAUGAGAAGCCUGGGAGUCGCCCUGUAUUUGAGUAUUUUUGGAGUUGGUAGCUUCCUGAGCAGCAUUCUUAUUUCUAUUAUUGAGGAUUUGAGUAGCAGAGUUAUGGGACAAAACUGGUUUACAGACAACUUAAACAGAGCUCAUUUGGACUACUUCUACUGGCUUCUGGCUGCACUAAAUUCACUAUUCUUAUGUAUCUAUCUCUCUUUUGCCAGGAAAUUCAUUUACAAGGAAGAAGAAAGCAAUGUUUGGAAAGAUGAAGAGAUAUUCUGACCUUUGAACACCACUUACAGUAAGAGAUAUCAGAUUUCCACAAUCCAUGAGUUAUUGAUCUUGCAUGUUUCCACAUUAGAUUGUGUGUGAGUAUUUUGUAUCAACGUUUUGGAUCACACUCCGUGAUCCAUCAUCAGAAUGAAAAUAGAGAGCAUGCAGAAGUAAAAGAUGUUGAUAUUCUAUGAUGACCUCUCAACUUUGUCAAGAUGUUGAUAUAUAUGUUGCUGUUCAGAACUACAUGUAUAGAACAUAAAGACACCAUACUCCCAGAAAUGAAGAGUCCUCAUCCUAUGAGCUUUUAUAGAACAUAAAUGAUUAGCCUUUGUUCAGAACUACAUGCAUAGAACAUAAAUGUUCUAGCCUUUGUUCAGAACUACAUGUAUAGAACAUGAAGACAACAUACUCCAAGAAAUGAAGAAGAAACACUACUUUCAUUUCAAAUCCCCAAUCUCUGAACUUUUGUAUUGUAUGCAACAGAAAAAGAAAGCAUAAGAGUUCAGACCUAUAUAUCAUCAACUGGCUGCACUUUCUUAGGCAUACAAAAUGGAUGAAUUAAAGUCUGGAAAUGCCUGUAAACAAUUAUGCCCUGACUUUGACUUUGUUGACAGUAAAUUCAACUAAUGGAGGGCAAGUUGAUCAAUUAUAAUAGACUGUUCCCAUGAAGAUGGGUGGAUUAAAAUUU